ACAACAACAACAACCAGAGACGAUUUUCUUUGCAAAAUACGUCACAUCGAUGAUGUAGCUAUCUAUCUCAGCUCACGCGAGGACUGCGAUUUCAUUGCGAGGCACAGCAGUCUGCGACAGAGAAGAUGGCGUCGCAGGAGAUAGAAGCUACUCCGCCAACCAUCAGCAACGGCGAGGUGAGCAGCAAUGGAGCAGCUGCUGCUGAUGGCCAAGCCGUACAGACCGCAGCUGGGGACGCCGCCCAGCCGCCGCCAGCUCCUCCCCCUAACGCAUGGCAGGUCAUAAAAGGAGUCCUCUUCAGAAUCUUUAUAAUCUGGGCCAUCAGUAGCUGGUUCCGCCGGGGGCCUGCUACUCCGGACCCCAGCACCCCAACAGGGGCGCCGCGGUUACCCAGCCGAAACCUCUUCCCAAAGGAGAGCCUCAUGGACCUCUAUGUGUACAUCUCUGAGGAUGAGGUGUUCUCUGACUUCAACAACACACGCUCCCUGUUCUGGUUCCAGAGGGACUUGGUCUAUGGGGACUGGAGCACAGGGGUGGACGGUGAUGGCUGCUAUGAACACUCGCUGGACCUGGACAUCCCAGAGAAGGUGCAGAUGAAUGGUUCCCUUUACAUCCAUGUGUAUUUCACGAAGAGUGGGUUCCACCCCGAUCCCAAACGCAAGGGCCAGUAUCGUCGACUGGCGACUGUCCACGCCACGCGAAUGCUCAACAAAUUCAAACGCAGGAAGUUUGUGAAGACCAAGAACCUGUUGACAGGGGAGACCGAGACAGACCCAGAGAUGAUAAAGCGGGCAGAAAGCCAUGGCCCUGUGGAGGUCAUCUCCCACUGGCACCCCAACCUAACCAUCAACAUGGUGGAUGAUCACACACCCUGGGUCAAGGGCUCGGUCCCCCCCCCUCUGGACCAACAUGUGAAGUUUGACGCGGUGAGUGGGGACUACUACCCCAUCGUCUACUUCAACGACUACUGGAAUCUGCAGAAGGACUACUAUCCCAUCAACGAGAGCCUCCUGACCCUGCCACUGCGCCUGUCCUACUGCCCGCUGUCCCUGUGGCGCUGGCAGCUCUACGCCGCCCAGAAUGCCCGCUCGCCUUGGAACUUCCUGCCCGAGGACACCUACGAGCAGUCUGACGAGGACCAGGACUCUGUCAAGGUGGCCCUGUUGGAGACCAAUCCAUACCUCCUGGGGGUGACUAUUGUGGUCUCCAUCGUACACAGCAUAUUCGAGUUCCUGGCCUUUAAGAACGACAUCCAGUUCUGGAACAGCAGGCAGUCUAUGGAGGGUUUGUCUGUGCGCUCCAUUGUCUUUGGUGUGUUCCAGUCCCUGGUGGUGUUGCUCUACAUCCUGGAUAAUGAGACUAACUUUGUGGUUCAGGUCAGUGUGUUUAUUGGACUGCUCAUCGACUUCUGGAAGAUCACAAAGGUCAUGGAUGUCAAGUUGGACAGGGAAAACAAAGUGUUGGGGAUCUUCCCACGCCUGUCAAUCAAAGACAAGUCAACAUAUGUGCAGUCGUCCACCAAAGCGUUUGAUGAUAUGGCGUUCAGGUACCUGUCAUGGCUGCUGUAUCCUCUGUUCGGGUGUUAUGCAGUCUACAGUGUGUUGUACCAAGAGCAUAAAGGCUGGUACUCAUUUGUACUGGGCAUGCUCUAUGGCUUCUUGUUAACCUUUGGCUUCAUCACGAUGACGCCGCAGCUUUUCAUCAACUAUAAGAUGAAGUCCGUGGCUCACCUCCCGUGGAGGAUGCUCACCUACAAGGCCCUGAACACUUUCAUCGACGACCUGUUCGCCUUCGUCAUAAAGAUGCCCAUGAUGUACAGGAUAGGGUGUCUCAGAGACGAUGUGGUGUUCUUUGUCUACCUGUACCAGCGUUGGAUCUACCGAGUGGACCCCAAUCGGGUCAACGAGUUUGGCACAAGUGGCGCGGACCCCAACGGAGUGGUCUCAAACAAGGACAGCACAGCCCCGGCAGAGGUGGCAGCCACACCGGAAGCCCCCGCCCUCACAGAAAAAGCAGAGGAGGAGAAAAAGAACGACUAAGCCAAGCCAUCCAGUCAGCCUUCCUCACCCUGGCUCCUGGGGCGAAGAGGACGAAUGGGGAAAUGGGCAGAGUUAAAUGUAAUUUGCCAGGGAAAAGGAGUCGUUGUAUUCUGUCAUGGACACCGCUACAAAUUUCAGUUUAACUCUCCCUUGUCUUUGUGGGGAUCCACAGCGAAUCAUAUUUAAUGUAGACUUUCUAAUUUUAAUUUGACCAUUUCCUAAUUUUUUGCAGUUCAAGUGAAGUAAAACAAAUGUGAUGUACUGUAUUCUCUAAUUUUCAAUGGGUAGAGAUAAUUGGCCAGGUUGUGAGCAUGGAAGGCCCAGUUCUGCAGUUGGCUGGUCAAAGUACUCAUCUCUGCAUUUUUUUUAGAGUGCCGGGAAGAAAGAAGGCCAAGGAGCUUUGCGGUGUCUAUGGGUUCGUUGUGAUUUAUUUUUCAUUCCAUGUGUGAAUGCUAUAUGUAAUGGGGUACCUGGAAACUGGUGAGUAAUGCGUUAGGAAAGGUUCCAGAGCCGAGUGAGAGGGGAAUAGAACCAAGAUGGACGUCCCUGUCCAACACUAUCCACGAAAUGCAGUGGCUUCCCUCAUUUUUAAACAAAUGGUUGAUGUUCCAAACUUGAACAAAAAAAACAGCCUUGUAGGUAUUAAUAUAAAUAUUAAUAUUAAUGAUGACUUUUCUUUUUCUGUCACUGGAUUUAUUUUGUAUGUCCUGCAACUGUACAGAAUCUCUGCUUGUAAUGUCAAUAAUACUGAUGUCAAAUGAUCUAGCAAUAGCUGAUUUUCAAGUAUAUUUGACCUGGACUUCAAUUUUUGAUUUAUUUGUUCUACAACGUUCACUACACUAGCAGGAUCACCAUGACAUAUCCAGCGCUGUCUCUGAAUGGUCACUGUCAGGUGUUUAAGAAUAAUUUAAUUUUUCUCUUUAAAAUUUGAGUGCCAUAAUUCUGAGAUGGGUUCCAUGUUCGUACAUAUUGAAUUUUUAACACAUGUUUAUAGUAAAGCGUAAGUGCGAUUUAAAAUG